CCGGAGGAAGGCGGGAAGUUGUCUCCUUGAUUGACCUGGUUCGCUGCUUAAGUUUGCCUAAAGAUUCUUCAUUGUUAUACCUUUGUUGUUUCCCUUCUUCUUCUGAGGCUUUAGCUUCUAUUCUAUGGUUGUCCACUCUCACUUCGUCGAGCAAAUAUCGCCGCCUUUGCCAUGCCCUCCGAUCCAGAUAAAACAACUCUCUCUGUCUCACACAUUCAAGAUAUAAUCGACCGCAUAUCCAAGUUGUGCAAACUUACUGAAGAAUAUGCAAAUAAAGCGGAUCCACCUCAGCAAACCACCGUUGACACCAACGCUGCGGCAAAUAACCAGACUCAAAACCCGCAAGAUGGUUCUACCGGUGGCGAAGGGGACGGUGCUCAGGGGACCAAAAAAACCGAGAGCGACAAGGGGAAGGAUGCGAAACGCGAUGGUGGAUACAAGAAGACGGACGCGCUACACGAUCUGGGAAAACUGUUCAAAGAACUCGAUUAUAUGUAUCGGUCAUUCCAGAAACUGGAGAAGUUCGAGAAGGAUCUAAGCGACCCACUCAAAACUCUUGAAGCCAAUGUCAACGACAUCGUGACUGACCUUAAGAAAGAGAAGUUACCAAAACAGGUUGAGCACAAUCUACGAGUGCUGAGAAACAACAUCACCAGGGUCAAGAUCCUGAUCCCGUCUCCGCAUCAGGCGGCCGGAUUAAGUUCCGAAGGUAAUCGGGGUUUGCAGACAACCGUUGCCACCGGAGAUACAGGGGACCUGCCUCACUUAUACGAGGAAGAUCUUUUUAAAGAAAGCUAUUAUUUCCAAGAAAUUAGGGAAAAAUAUGAAAGCCUUGAAGAUGAGAGCCUUGAAGGUAAGAGGCUUAAGCUCAGCUUGUUGUGUUUCGCAAUUUUCCCGGAAAAUUCGGAGAUAAAGAAGAGGUUUCUGAGAUUUUGGUGGGUUGGGGAAAAUUUAAUCCCACCUCAAGAAAACAGGGAUGAGAAGGACGUUGUAAAUGAAACUCUCAAGAUUUACGUGGAGAAGGGACUUAUCCAGCCGGUUUUGAAGAAAAACAGAUUAGAGCCCAGAAGCUACAAGAUGGACCCGAUUGUUCGUUCAUGCUUGAUCAGUUUUGCCAAGGAGGCAGGUUUCUUUCACUAUGACCAAGAGGGAAAACCCACCAUGGAUUUUUCAGCCUGCAACAAGGCAUGUAUGGUGAGAUCUGAAGGAGCCGCUGCUCCCUGGUUCUCUAAGUAUCUUAAAGAGGAGCAAGAAAAGCUACCUGUAGAUCUAGUAAAGCUGCAGAUGUUGUUCAAUUUUCCUAACAGGGAAACAUUGAUGAGGGCUAGUCGGCAAUUUGACAAAUUGCAGACGUUGUUCAAUUUGAGUAAGCAAUUUCCAGGUUUACCUAAAGAGUGGUUUGCCAAGAUGACAACCCUCAAAGUUCUUUACAUGGGCAAAUGGGAAAGCACAGCGGGGCGGCCUCGCCAUAUCGAAGUCGAAGACAUCGACUUCUUAAAAGCGUUGACGAAGAUGAAGAAUCUAAGGCUUCUUAGUCUUCAAGGUGUUUCAGGUAUCCCAACGAUUCCCCGCGCUGUUGGGCAGCUUGAAAACUUGAAGAUCUUAGAUCUUAGAGCAUGUCACAACCUGGAGAGAUUACCAGAUAAGAUAGGCUUACUCAAGGAGCUGAUUUACUUGGAUUUAUCUGAGUGCUAUCUGCUUGAUUACGUGCCCAGAAAACUGAGUGAACUCAAGAAACUUGAAGUGCUUAAAGGUUUUGUGAUUGUGGAUACCAAAAACUCGUGCACUCUUGACGACUUGUCAAAGUUAGAGGAACUGAGAAAACUAAGCAUCAAUGUCAACACGACGAACUUCGAUAUUAAUGAUGCAAAGGAGUCUCUGGUUAAAUUCAAGCAACUUAAAAAACUAAGGAUGUCUUGGGGAUCAAGGGGAAUGCCGAACAGUAGUAACGAACGUCCGCCAUCCAAGGCCAAGAAGCAGCAGCCGCCACCCCAGGCCAAGAAGCAGAAACAGCCUCCCCAGGCCAAGGAGCAGAAGCAGCCACCCCAGGCCAAGAAGCAGCCGCCAAGUAGUUCAGCGUCAGACCAAGACAACAGGAUGGGACCGUUGGAUGUUUUCAGAAAUACAGCCAACAAGGUUCUGGCGGACAAUGCUAAUCGGAAGACCACAAACGAGGAGGAUAGCAACAAGCAAAAUGGCGGUGUUUUAAAGAAAUCAGCCGCCAAGAAUUGGUGGGAGGUUGCUACUGCUGCUUUGCGGCAAGCGGGAAAUCAACAACAGGAUCUUAAAGGCCUUGAGAAUCUGGUGAAACUGGACCUCCAAUGCUUCCCUUACUCGGCGCCCCCAGAAUGGUUGGUACCGUCGAAAAUGGUGAACCUGAUGAAUCUGUCGAUUAGAGGUGGGAAACUGAGUUACUUGGAACAUGAUCCGAAAGGGAAGAAGUGGAAGGUGGAGACUUUACGGUUGAAGUUCUUGGUGGGUUUUAAGAUGAACUGGAAAGAGAUGCAGGAUUGGUUUCCGAGAUUGAAAUAUCUGGAGAAUGUUAGAAGCCCCAGGAUCACACUCUGCCCCUGCGAUCUAAAUGGGAUCUGGCAAGCUCAUUCCAAUUAGACUUCUUCAUGCCCGCAAUCAUGGGCAUGGCUGCCCUUCAUCGAACUUGCAGGUGUUGUGCAUUUCUUUCUUUCUUUUUGUUUGCCAUAGUGUGUUGCAUUUCUUGUUCCUCUGUUUUUAAUUUAUCUUCAACCAUGGGUGAUCCUUUCAAUCAUGUAUUUCUUGGCUUUGCUUUCAUCACUUGUUGUAAUUUAAUCAUUCAACCAUGAACUGUUUUCAGUUCUUUUUACCAAAA